UUUAAAGUAAUUUUUGGAAUCGCGCAUUAAUACAUAGAACCUGACCGUCUGUUGCUAGUUAAGAGUAGCCAUUUUGGUUGCGAACAAAGCUGAAUUAUAUCUCUUUACACACGAAUUUAAAUAUUUGUAUCACUCUGAAGAACAUUUUAUUCUUAGAUUACUAUGCUACAGACGCUUCUACAUGCGUACUCAUAGCUAUGGCCGAUCGGAGAAAAUUGCAAGGAGAAAUUGAAAGGUGUUUGAAGAAAGUCAGUGAAGGCGUAGAGACCUUUGAGGACAUCUGGCAGAAGGUACAUAAUGCUACAAAUACGAACCAAAAGGAGAAGUAUGAAGCCGAUCUCAAGAAAGAAAUCAAAAAGCUUCAAAGGUUACGAGAUCAAAUUAAAACGUGGAUGGCAUCCAGUGAAAUUAAAGACAAAAGGGUGCUCUUAGAAAAUAGAAAAUUAAUAGAAACUCAAAUGGAAAGGUUUAAAGUUGUGGAAAGAGAAACAAAAACCAAAGCCUAUUCAAAAGAAGGUCUGGGUGCUGCACAAAAAUUAGAUCCUGCACAAAAAGAAAAAGACGAGAUUAACAAUUGGCUAUCUGCUUCUAUAGAAAGUUUAAAUAUUCAGCUUGAUCAAUUUGAAAGUGAGAUCGAAUCCCUAAGCAUAAGUUUAAAGAAGAAAAAGAAUGAUAAAGAUAAACUAGAUAGGGCGGAAGAAUUAAAAGCUUGGUUAGAAAAACACAGGUAUCACAUAAAACAAUUAGAAACAUUGAUGAGGAUGCUUGACAAUGGUACAGUUGAUGUAGACCAAAUUAAAAAGAUAAAAGAUGAUGUGGAUUAUUAUAUCGAAAGUUCUCAAGACCCAGAUUUCGAAGAAAAUGAAUUUAUUUAUGAAGAUCUCAAAUUGGAAGAUAUGCAAGAGUUCUUGUCCAAACAAAGGCUUGGUAGUGAUGAUGAGAGCUCACAGCGAUCGAUUUCACCAACUUCUACAAAUUCCAGUUCUCCAGCUCCUAGUCCUGGACUAACAAAUCAUUCCAAGUCAAAUAAUGAAGAAACUCCUGCUCCACCUGUAAAACCCGUUGCAGUUAGGGCACAAUCAUCCGGAACAUUAUUAAGUACAGUACAAAACAAUAAAGGAGCUCUUCCAUGUGUUUCAAGGAACAAUAGCAAUUCAUCAGAAAGCAGUGUAAGCAGUUCCCCUCCUCUAAAUCAUCAUAAUAGUCAUUUCGUUGCAUCUCCUCCUCCCCCUACCACUCCAUAUGCUAUUGCUGCAGCAGGCAAUUCAGCUUCAUCCAAAGAGGAAACAUUUCAUGUAACUCACAGCUCUUCCUCUGAAAAUAAUACCACCUCAAAUACCAACAAUAGCAACUCUAGCAACAGUAAUACUAGUUCUAAUAAUAAGCCCUCUACGAACUGUAUUGAUGCCCCAUCUUUAAGCAAUGGCUCUGAAACCAACUCUAAUCAUGUGGACAUAACAUCAUCCUCUUCAAGCAAUAUGUUUGCAACUGCCAUCCUUGAUCAAAUUUCUGGAUCUGGAUUUACCCAACAACUAUCCCAGUCACAACAGCAACAACAGCAGCUGCAGAAUUUCACGUCAAGCGCCAUUUCGUUAAAUUCAAGCGUCCAUUAUUCCAGCACUCCAUCUGCGUGCGUGGACAAUGUGAUUAAGCCACCUUCAUCGGCUGGCGCAACAACGUCAGCUGUUACAUGUUCCUCUGCGGCCAGCAGUGCUUUGUACAGUGCAGCAGCUGCAACGGGUUCCACAGCUGGACGCAGCUGUACGGUGCAACCUCAGAACAGUCCCCCAAUUUCAACUUGUAAUGUGAUAGGAAGCAAUGUUUCACAGUCUGCGAUAAAUUGUUUACUUAUGAAUGGACCUGUAUCUCCAAAAGUAUCCAGUCAAAUUUACAACUUACCGUCUCUUUCUGGAGUGAGUGAUGAACCUAUGUCUUCAUUAAAGUCCAUGGCAGAGCAAGCUGUUUUAAAUGCUGGUUUAGAAACUCAUAUUCCUACAUCCCCAUCUCCAUCUUCCGCAGAACGAGAAGCUCACAUACCACCUCUAUUAGGCGUAGCCCCUCUUGGUCCUGUACCUCUGACUAAAGACUGUAUUCAGCAAAUUCGAAUACUAGAAUCUGCUCAAAGGCACAUGCCUCAUCCAUCUGAUUCUGAAAGACUUAGGCAAUACCUUCCUCGAAAUCCGGUCCCAACACCUUCAUAUUAUCCUAAUGGCUUAAAUCAUUGCGAUACUGUGGAAUUCUUCCAGCGACUGUCCACAGAAACUUUGUUUUUUGUCUUUUAUUAUAUGGAGGGAACAAAAGCACAAUAUUUAGCAGCUAAAGCAUUAAAAAAACAAUCUUGGAGGUUUCACACAAAGUAUAUGAUGUGGUUUCAGAGGCAUGAGGAGCCCAAAACAAUCACAGAUGAAUAUGAACAGGGCACAUAUAUUUAUUUUGAUUAUGAAAAAUGGGGCCAAAGGAAGAAAGAAGGUUUUACAUUUGAAUACAGGUACCUGGAAGAUCGAGACUUGAACUAAUUUGUGUCACAUUACUUGUCAUUCGUUUGCCUCAUUCACCUUAGCGGAUGUUUCAAGAAAUUGGAUUGUGCUUUCUGAGUGUACAACACUCCAGCCUGAAGAAAGAGUCGCAGCCUGACUGUUGUAAUUGCACUGGUACUUUCAACUGCCUUCGUGUCCUCACUGCCAGUCGCAACAAGUCAAACUGCCAUGCUUUCUCAUUUGUUUCGUUUUAAUCUUGUAUUGUUGAAAAAACACACAGAGAAAAUGGGUUGAAAACUUUCAUUGUAGAAACAUCUGAUGUAGUACUUGAUUGUGGGUAAGGUAAAGACUGAUAUAUACAAGCAGCACAUCACUUGUAGUGUGUGUAUAUUUAUUUAUUUAUUAAAUGUCACUUUUUUUUUCUCUCGUUCUAAUGAUUCACUCAGUCUUUUAGGAAAACUAUUAUUGUAACUAAUGCCUUUUGAAAAUUUAUGGUGUCAUUGGAAGUUUAUUAUUUUUUCAAAAAUGUUUUUUUCUUUAAUGGUUGUGGAUUUCAUUUAUCUAUUUCAACUUUUAAUUUCUUAUGUAUUUUUAGUUUCAAAAACUGUUGUUUGAUGUCUUUAAUGAUUUUGAGUAUCUUGUCUUCAUGUUUUGGAGAAACAUUAUGACUCUAUAUUUGUCUUUACAACAAAUAAAGCUAAUGGGUCUCCUGAAAUGAAGUACAAUGAUACUUCUACUUAACCACUUAGCACUAAUGGCAAUUUUUUCCCUGCAAAUUUUCCAGCUAUAUAUAUAUAUAAAAAAAUGUAUGGCAAUUAUAAUUUUUAAUCUUUCUGAAUUAAUUGUAUUUAAAUAUCAAAAAUCAAGCAUUGACCUGAAGUUAAUGAUAUAAAGGAACUGUCCAUGUGAUAUUUCUUAUAUUCCUUUAUCUUUAACCUGAGGAUGAUGAUAUGAUUUUGUGCAUUACCAUAUUUAAUGGAUUUCAGCUUUUACUUUUAUUUUUCUUCCUUUAUAUGUCUUAUAAUUUAAUCAAAUGUAUAUUGCAAUAUUAGUGAUUUUACUAUUAAUAAAUUGGUAGGGCUACUUCUGUGAGAUAAGGUUUCUGCUGUACCUAAAUAAUUGCAAUGAGCUUUAUAUAAGAGUAAUGUUUUAAGAGAUGGAAAAUUAUAUCUUAUAAGCACAACUAGACCUAUCUAUUCUUGCUAGAUUUUUCAAUUAUUCAUUUUCGUUUAAUGGCAUUUUGUAGCUCUUAGAUGUAGAUAAAACUUGUAAAUAGAUCAAAGUUUCCUGUUGUACUAUUUUUAAGGCACUUAUUGAAAAAAUUAAUUUGAUCUUGUUUUUUAAUGAAUUUGUGUGUUGCUUGUGUAUAUCAGAUAAUGAUCUUAGCAUUGAAUGGUGUUUGCCAUUACUGGUAUCCCUGAAUUAUAUAUAUAUGAACUUUAGGAUGUGUAUCAGGGAUUUUAUUGUUUUGGCAUACAGUUUGUACAGAUAUCAUUUGUACAACUUGCCACAUAAUAUUUAAGGUAUGAGACUUGGGCAGAAGAAAAUAAUUAAAAAAAUUUAUCUGCCUUGUGUAAGUUAAAUAUUUGUAUUAUUUUGUAACUAUUGGCAGUCAGAAAGCUGGUAAAAACUACUGUUUUGCCUUUUUAUUCAGCCGUAGAUGUGUAUGGCCACAAUUGAUUGUGAUUUUCUCAUUGUAAAUAAACUUUUCUGAGAGAAAUGUAGGUUAUGAAAUCUUAGAGAUGUUAGUCAUAUUCUUUUCUCCCCUCCAUUGUUUUUAAUUAUGUGUUCUUAAAUUAGUUUGGGCAUGUUUACUUACAUUUCACUUUACCCCUGCUGGGCAGAGUGUAUUGACAUGUAAGUGUAAGCAAAUGGGCUCCACAAAUAUGUGCGUAAAGUACUUUUAUUCUAAUAAUUUCCUUUUGUAAUUCUAUUUUGAAUUUGGUUUUAAGUACAAGUAAAUUCCUAAGUAAAAGAGAAUACAAAAGUAUCUAUGCAAAAGGGAAAAGUGAAAAGAUGCAUUCUGUUGUUGUGGCUCACAUAAUUUGUUACUGAAAAUUAAACCAUGUUUCAUGGGUGCUGUAUGUAUAAUUUCAAUCCCAUCUGUGCUAUCUUAUAAAAAUGUACUCUGUGAUAUUCUGUAAGUACAUAAUUUAAACAUUUGCUUUGUGUUCAUCUGUUCUCUUUUUAGAACAGAAAGAAUUGCAUUAUACGAUUUAGAUGAAUAUGUAAUAAAGUUUCAAAAAUGAGGUUUCAAGUUUUUGUUUUUAUUAUGUUGACGAAAUUUCCCUGCUUUUUUAGAAAUUAAAAACAAUUUAUGGCAUCUAUUGCUUUUUUUUUUUUUUUUUCCGAUCGUGUGUGCCUUUUAAGGAUUUUGCAAUUAAGCAAUUCCUCAAAAUAUCUGCCUCACUUAUUUUUUUCAAAGUUCUCUUAUGCUUUUUUUUUUUAAAAUUCUUGAUACAAUUCUUGUAAAUUUAAUAAUCUUAGCAUUGACUUAUAUAUCGAUUAUACUUUGAUAUUUCUACCAAAGAUAAUUAUAAUUUAAGUACUUUAUCAGUUCAUGAAUGGUGAAAAAUAAGAUACCUAUUUUGUAAGCUUAAUAUAUUUGAAUUCAUUUAUAUGAGCUACAUUGUAUCUUUUAAAUGCUUGUUUACUAGUCUUAGCAAGAUUUGGUGCCUUUUCCUUAAUUUAUUUGUUCCUUCUUAGUGCUUACAAUAUCGUCCCUCUUCCACACAUGGAUGCUGGCCUUAAAAUUAAUUCACUAUAAUUCAAAUACUUAUAUUUUGACUUGGAUGUUACAGUAUUAUCUCUGUUUUAAAUGUUACAUAUCAUACAUAUUUUGUAAUUAUUAUUCUUCAUUUUAUAAUAACAUAUGGUUACUUGUAUUGAUGUUAAGCAAGAAUUAUGUGUGUAUUCUGCAUAGAUUUAGGUUGUAUUUGUUAAAAUAAUAUUUAUCUAGGUGCUUGCAAUUAGUCAGCAAUUAAUUUUCUGAGUCAUUAAAAUUUUCACUUAUCUGUGAAUGCCAUUUACCAAUGGGGUUGAAAUUAUAACUUACAGUAAAAACCAUAAUACAUAAAACCUCUGCUCGUGAUAGAAAUUGAAGUCUGUUACAAUUGAAAAUAUUCCUUUCCUGAGAUGUACAUUUGUUACGAUUGUUUUUUUCCAUAGAAUUUUAAAAAUGAUUAUGAAAUAAACAUAAAAAAAAGUAUGUGCAUUUAUUCAUAACAGUGAGAAGUACAUAAAAUGGUGGAAGCUACACCAUUGCCUGACACGAGCUCAAUCAUUCCUCGUUUCUGUUAUGCAAAGAUGGAUGAAUAUUUUUGUAUAACUCACUUAAGGACUUGUACAUAACUCUCAUUUGUGCUGUAGCUUUUACAUAAUUAUGUAUCAUUGUGCUUUCAAUGCUAUUUAGGUAUUUGUUUGAAAUUCAUGUUUUUUUUUUUUUUUUUUUUUUCUCUCUCUUCUCUUUAUAUAAGUUUUAAAUUGGUUUACAUAUUGGUUAGCAUUGAUUUUUUUUUUUUACAUUAAAUUCAUGCUGUUUUGAAAAUUAGCUAAUUACAAUGUGGAAAAAGUUACCUAUAGUAAAUGCAUGAAUUUAUGAACUUUCUUAUGUAUAAAAUCUUAAGGUGCAUUUUUUCUUACUAUAUUAGAAUUCUAGUCUUGAUAUUUUAAAGAAACAAAUAACAGAACAAAUUUAUCCUUUGUAUAUAAAACAUUGUUUAUUUUUUUAUUACAAAAUUCUCUUAAAUUAUUAAUGUUGUAUUUAUAAUUUCAGUUUUUAAAAAGCAAUGCAACUUUGUUGAUCUCAAAUUAUAUAAAAGUUGCAUUUCUCUUACAGUUAUUUUCUUGUUGAUUUUUUUAUUGAUUUUUUAUUUUUUCAUUUUUUUUCUAUCCAAAAUUUAAAGAAAUAAUUGCACAGCUUACGAAUUUCAGCUCUGUUUAUAUUUCAUAAAUGACAUUUAGUUUUUCCUCAUCUUCACAUAUACACUAUGGUUCAUAACCCUACUUGAACUUUUUAUACCAAUAGGCUUUAUAAAUGUAUAUAUUCAUCAUUAAAUGAAAGCCAUUGGUAAAAUGCAUACAUGAUUUUUAAGUUGUUGAUAUUUAGACAUUUGAGACAGAUCUGGCUGGAAAUUCCAUGAAACAUUGCAUCAGCUAUUCAACUAAUUGAGUAAAAAAAAAUUAGUUAAAAAUAAUUAUCAGUUUACUUACGUCAUGCUGUGUCAUAUUUAUUUUCUUUAAUUUUUUUCUUAUAGAAGCAACAAAGAAUGUCCUGUUCCAUUGUGCAAUUUCAAUUAACAUUAAAUUGUUAGACAUAUUCUUCUUGAUGAAUAAAUAUUUUAAAUGUUAAAAGAAAAUUAUAUUUAGAUUAAUGUAUUUAAUGUAACAUGUUAACUUUUCCACAUUGUAAUUAAAUAUUAUUUGAUUUCAUUUUUUAAAAAUCUUUAUUUGUUUUUAAAACUUUUUGCAAACUGUAUGAUAAAGUUUAAACUAAUAGAGAUAUAUAUUGUUAGAUUUUAAUAUUCCAAUCUUGAAUGAAAUUUUAUUUUAGAAAGAAAAAAACAAAACAAAUGACUAUAGUAGUUUGAAACCUUUUAUCUUUUCUGAUUUUUGUAUGUUUUUGUCUUGAGUUCUUCCUUGUGUUUAGUAUAAAGUUCAUGUUGUAUAUCACACUCCCGUUGUUUGUCCCUCUAUGGAUACUUUUUACCAAAGCGUUUUAUGCUGUUGGUUUUAUAUGCCUUUUGGGACGGUGUAAAUAAAAGGAGUGUGUAUACUCUUGUGAACAUAAAAACAUCUGCUGAGUAAAAGGCAAAAUAAACUCUCUGAAUGCUGUAUAGUAA